UAUCUCGUCUUGCAUACAUACUUACUCUCUACCGGACUCUCUGUGUAUGUAAUGAGAGUUUUUGCUGCUCUACGCGUUCUUCAAUUAUUCGUGCGAUCCCCGAAAACGCUUUUAAUUUUAUUGUGCAGAUUAGCAGCGACCUUUGUGAUCAGCAGAACAUAUUGGAGUUAUAUUGAAAGAAUGCAAAAACGCUGGUUACACACGAGCGGAUCAAUCCUCGAUACUGUAAAAAAAAAGGUGAUGGGUAUUAUCACAGUCGUCCAUUCAGAUAUAGUUGCAUUUUUCCUGUUAUAUCAUAGUGUGAUUAUGUUCCCUCCACGUAACUUGUUUGACAUACUAUAGGUAAUGGCGUUGGAUAUGCACGUGUGUAACAUGUCAUUAGGUGUACGGACUUGACGUUUUUGUCAUGCUAUGUACCAGAAAUUUUCAAGCUGUAGCUUCUGACGAUAAGUGCCGAAAAAGGCAGAGUGACGCCAGUCCUUUUGUUUAUGGAAAAAGGCCGCGUACAGUGCCUAACUCACAACCUCAUAAUAGGAAGGGAAGUGCGUAUAUUUAUAUCCG